AUGGAGAUUCCCAUGGGCUAUAAUUGGAAUUUAGAAGACAUUGAUCUCGAUUGGGAUAUAGAAGGGCAAAUAUUGACAGUCGUGGGCCAGACAGGUCUAGCCGGUGACGUGUAUGCACAGGGUGCAACGCCGGCCGUGGACCAUUUGGCAGGAGUUGAUGUUUCUGUUCUCACUGCUAUGGCUGCCAUCACUGCCUCUGGAGCAGUAGGACAAGUCCAGCAGCCAGUUGCAGUUAAUUAUUUCCUGGCUCUGCCUAUUCAUAUCCGUCAAAACAUUUAUAGGAUGCUGCUCGACUGUGAAGUCACGAUGAAGCAUCAAAUCAAUGAAGAAUGGGACACCAUUGAGGUCAUUGAUGACAUGGCCGACUCUGACACUCCGACGGACUGGGUCUGGUCCAUGUGUCCACGCCUGACUAAAUACAACUUUAGCACUUCGAUCUUGCAGGUGAACAAUCAGAUCUAUCGGGAGGCGGCUCCUUUCCUGGGCCGACGCAAUCUAUGGGUUCUCCUCCGCAUUGAAGACAGGAUGAUUGCUCAAGGGAUGGAAGAUAUGGGCUGUGCCAUUCCUGUUCCUGGAGACUGGAAUCUCGCUGGCCUGGGUGAGCUUUCCGGCGACGUGAACUACUUUGCAAUCGACAUCACUGUCGGAAGAGAGCCACAUGCGAACCCAGCGCGACAGCAGUUUUUCAUCAUGGCUGUGGACGGGGUCUGGGAUCUGGUGGCCAUGUUGAUUUCAUACUGCGAGGUACCAUGGAACAUCGUCAUUCGGGUCAAAGUCGACCACCACUUCUCCCAUGCGCGGAUGCAGGGUGUCCUGAGCCGCAUUGCCGACAUGCUCGAACCACUCCGCAUCCUCGAGCCAGGCGAUGAAGCUCGUCGCGCGACUAUCGUGGUUGACGACAUCAAAUUUGGUCUUUCGGUAACUCCGCUUAACCACCUGCAAACCCGCUUCGAGGACAACGAGCUGAUCCGGAUGCUGAGGAACUAUCUGCCUUGUUUCAACUCCGACGUGAACAAGGUCGACUGGCGCCGUGAAGAGGUCAAGAUGGCCGAAUGGAGCUUCUUCUUCAUCAAUGGAAUCAACAAGUACGGCAUCUCCCCGGACUUCCCCAAGUUCUGGCGAGACACUCUCUGCAUGGCUCACACACGACUGGUGGCCAUCAAGCUGGGUAUCGAUGCCACAGACGAGGCCGCAUUCCACAUGCAGCGUGCCAGUGACCUGCUGGAGAUGCACGAAGCCCGACUCUGGUGGUAUCGGGCCCUGCUAGCUCACAUGGGAGACUGGGAGGACACGCUCAGCAAGAGCGCCAACGAAGAGAUCCUCGAUGCCAUCUGGUGUCUCUCCAAGAACGAAGACAAGCAGUGGUUCAACCUGUUCUGGCUCCACGGCAAAGGCAACGAAGAAAACGCACGCCGCAUCGUCCUGACCGUCGCUCACAAGAUGGAGGCCGUCCGCUUGAUGGCAGGGAACGGACCAGACAGCGUCAACGAGCGACCCAAGAUCUUCCACCGUCUCAUGGGAACGCAUGGACAGAGACUGGCAGAUAGUCUCCAGCCGGAGGAGAUGGACGAGCACAACCUGUCGAUGCGAGUCUUUCGAGUCUCAAACAACUCGCCAGAAAGCCUGCAGGUCCUCUGCUAUUACAACAAGAUCAACUUCUGGAGUUUGGUCUGA